ACAAGCCUCUGCCUCCAAAAAAGUAAAAUAAAAUUAAAAAUAUAAAUAAAUAAAUGUCCUUUCCCUUAGUGUUACUGAAAAGAUACAAGAGACCUGUGAAAUAGAAGGUGAUUAUGUAAAUUCACAUUUACAUUAUUCCUUCUCAUGAAGCUAUUGUUGGCUCUGGACUGAGGGUUUUUUAAUUUUCUGUUUUUACACUGUACAUGCUUUGCUUGAAGUUUACUUUUUCUUCCUUGAAAGGGUAUUUUGCAUUAUAAUUAGAAAAUGUCAAUUUAAAAAUGCUGGCAAUUUAUGAGUUUAACUUUUAGAUAUAACUUUAACAGAAUAUGUUCUCAAUGGACUGGUAUAUUUCAAACAUUUUGUUGUUGCUAUUCUGAGAUGCACUAGCAGUGACUAUGGGUGAUUCCUUUGGUGCACUUCUGUGAUUAUCAGAAAUUUUUCCCAGUUAAUUUCACUCAAAUUUAAGUAUAUUGUAGGAGUAACUUUAAUAAUUUUUAAAUUGUCUAUCAUGAUGUCACUAUUGAGACUUUCUUGAUUUUGAAAGAAAACAUAAGUUUAUGGAGACUUUUCUCUUUUCAUCAUGUGAACCUCUGGCGAAGGUUGAGUAACUUGGGUUCUGGGCUGACAUGAUUUGUGCUGCUUAGUAAGUUGGCCUCAUCCCUAUUCCUACAAAUUACUUUCAGAUAUUUCACCGUGUGGCUGUGGGAUUCUUUUAUAUUGGGGAAAAUAUUUUGUGUUUAAGGGAUAUGCAACUCUUUUGCUCUUUGUGCUUUCAUUUAGUUCUGUGAGUUAAUUCAAAAUUCAUGAGUGUGUAUACUUAUACAAAUUAGUGUAAUUUGAUAACUGAAAGUUGUAGCGAUAGACUGUGGAAUAUGCCUCAGUUUGACUUACAAAGGAGAGUUUUAGUUUCUACAUGGUUUUGUAUGCAUAGAAAGUUCUGGUGCAAUACAUAGAGUAAACUGGAAUAUGAUAUGAUGCAGUUACCUGGCUUGGGGAGCAGGAAGUGGAAAUAACAAGUGAAUGUUGAGAGACAGUUCACAUCUGAGGAGAGAUUGUUUAAAGUAAUUAAGCCAUAAAAUGUAAUUUGGAAAUGCUCAAUUGGCCUCAAACUGUGGUAAGCAUAUUCACAUGGCAUUAGGAAUGUGUUCCAGAAUGAGAGUGGCCCAUAUUUUAAAGGUCUAGGAAAGCAGCAGAUAAUUUAUAACCUAAAAUUGCAUUUUUUAAAAAAUGUGUUUUUGUUAGAAUGGGCAGUGGGUUUCUUUUAGCAAAUAACAAUUUUGAUUAAACAAAUUGUUGUAUAUUCAUAUUAUGGAGUUCAUAAUAUAGUUAUCUAGUAGCCUAGGAAAAGCUGUCUGUGUACUGAUAUAAUCUUUAAGAUAUAACAAAUAAAGAAGCAAUGUGCAGAACAUGGUAUGUUGUAUGCUUACCUUAGCGUAAAAAAGGGAGACAGAGCUCUGUGUGCCCACAGGGUAGCCAUCAUGAGCAAAGCUCACCCUCACGAGUUGAAAAAAUUUAUGGACAAGAAGUUAUCAUUGAAGUUAAAUGGUGGCAGACAUGUCCAAGGAAUAUUGCGGGGAUUUGAUCCCUUUAUGAAUCUUGUGAUAGAUGAACGUGUGGAGAUGGCGACUAGCGGACAACAGAACAAUAUAGGAAUGAUGGUAAUAUGAGGAAAUAGUAUCAUCGUGUUAGAAGCCUUGGAACGAGUAUAAAUAAUGGCUGUUCAGCGGUGAAACCCAUGUCCUCUCUCCUUAGGGCCUGUUUUACUAUGAUGUAAAAAUUAAGUCAUGUACAUUUUCAUAUUAGUCUUUUUGUUAAAUAAACUUUUCUAAUAGUCAAAAGAGAGGGAGACAGAACAUUUAUAAAAAUCUGUUGCACUAUACAAAACAUGUCUGUGGAAGGAUACCCAAGAAACAUUAACACUCCUUUCCCCUGUGAAAGCAUUUCUCCUCAUCAAAAACCGGGAUAAAAGCAGUGAAAAACCUAUGCUGAAUGCACCUUUUGAAUCUGGAACUAUAUGAAUUUUUCACCUAUUUAAAAACACAUAAAGACUUU